GAGCUCGAAGUCCGCUCGUGUUCCUAAUCGCCUUGGCUUCCUUCUCGCUCGCCGUAGUAAGCCCCAAGAUGGCGGCGGCCGGUGACGUGCCGGUUCGGGUUUGCAAUCAGGAGAUUGUCAAAUUCGACCUGGAGAUUAAAGCCGCCGUGCAGGAUAUCCGGGAUUGUACAGGACCUGUAAGUGCACUUGCAGAAUUGAAUGCCAAAGUAAAAGAAAAAUUCCAGCAUUUACGUCUCAGAAUACAAGAACUUGAACAGAUGGCUAAGGAGCAAGAUAAAGAAUCAGAAAAACAAGUAUUACUCCAAGAAGCAGAGAACCAUAAAAAGCAAAUGCUCAGCAAUCAGACAGCCUGGCGUAAGGCAAACCUAGCUUGCAAAAUUGCAAUUGACAAUUCUGAGAAAGAUGAAUUGCUGCGAGGAGGAGAUCCUUUACGACAAAGAAAGUCUACUAAGGAAAGUCUGGCAGAGGGGGCAAGUAACAUCACAGAGAGCCUGAUGGGAAUUAGCAGAAUGAUGUCUCAGCAGGUUCAGCAAAGUGAGGAAACCAUGCAAUCUCUAGUUAAUUCUUCACGAACUAUCUUGGAUGCCAAUGAGGAAUUUAAGUCCAUGUCUGGGACAAUACAGCUGGGGCGAAAGCUUAUUACAAAGUAUAACCGCAGGGAGCUGACUGAUAAAUUGCUCAUCUUUCUUGCCCUUGCCUUGUUUUUGGCCACUGUGCUUUACAUCUUGAAGAAAAGACUAUUUCCAUUUUUGUGAUCUCUUUAGGUGAAAGGAGGAAGCAUGACUGUGAGGGGAAAAAAGAAAGGCAGUAUAUUGCAAAAAGACUUCUGACAGAAGAGACUUCCAUUAGGAAAAACUUUAUACUGAACUAGUAAGCCAAAUGAGCAGCAGGUUAGAACAAGAGGAAAAAGUGUGCUUGUUUGCUCUGAGGCUGGAAGGCUGCACCACUUGUCAUAGUCUGUGAGGCAUAUUCCAAUAUCCCCCAUCUUUGGCCAUUUCUACCCCUUUUCUCAGUUCACUAUAGAACUGAGAGGACUAGAAGAAUACUAAUAAAUAUAUAUAAAUAUAUUGUAUAUUAUACCUUUGAUAAAGUAGAUGUGAAUGCCAGUACUGUGAAAAUCUUAUAAAUUAAAGGACGCAAAGUGUAUAAUAAGCCUUAUUACUGGCUCUUUUUGAAUUAUAAAAAAUGACCAUUUCCUCACAUUGUCUCCAGAAAAAGCAAUGAGGCAAAUUCCCAAAUGUCUUUUUAAUUGAUGCGUCUAUAUUAUUUAUUUAUAUGUUUCUCUUGCCAGUGUUAUUUAGAUAGAUUCCUUUGCUUCAUCCCAGAUUCUAGUUCUCCCCUAUGUAGCAAAUGACUAGAUUAGAUGACUGGGCCAAUUAAUCUCUCUCAAAACUAGAUUACUUAUGGGUAAUCAAACAAAUUCUCUAUCAACUGUACUAGACCAAUGUACUAGAUUAUAUCCAUGGUCUUCAAGAAAAGGACUUCAUUGAUUGAUUCAGCUUGAUUAUAAUACACUAAAUGUUUGUUACUGUAUUGAAGUAAGUGAAAAAAUGGUGCAGUAAAUAUGUUUUCCUCAUUUCUACUGUCAAUAUAGGUGGAUAGAGGGCAGAUGAUAAAGAUGAUUGUUCACAAUUAUAGACCAAGUAAAAAAUAUUUUUGUUUAUAAGCCACUUUUGAAAUCUUUUAUCUAUAAACUGUCGAGUCGCUUUAUGAGUGAGAUGGGCGGUAUUCAAUUUUGAUAAAUAAAUCUUGCCAAGAAGAUUUACAGCCAGGAGUCAACACUUGACUAGAAGCCCUGUGCGUGCACACAUACCCGUGCACGCACAAACACACACAUUGAGAACCAGAGACUGUGGUUUUGUGUGUAUGCCACAAGAUGGCACUGAAGGACCAUAUUUUUAAAAAUAACACUGUUCUUUAAUUUGUAGUCUUUGAAUGGGCAACUAUUCAAAAUAAUAGUACUGCCUUAAAGCAUAAAAUGCUAGGCAGAGAGGAAUCAAAGAAGCAAACUGCACUUAAAAAGUAUUUAUUUCAAUCUUAAGCAAAAGAACUAAACAAACAUGUUUAUAUGAGUUUUGUGACACUAAGAUUAACUUUUUUUAUUAUGUUUAAAAGACAACUUGUGCAAAGAGUUCUCUGGCAUACAGCACAAGGGUAAAAUAUACCGUGAGUGUGUAGAACUAAGUUCAGAUCCCAACAUACAGAUCAACCUCAGUGGAAAUGGGAUGCAGUGAGCUACAGUCAAAGAGUCUUAUGCAAUAGUGUGGCUGACAGCCCCCUACUUUGUGGUGUGGCCCAAAACAGUAAAUUGACUUUUGCUUUUUUUAAAAACCCAUAAUAAUAUGGGUGGUCCAAUUGAUAAACUGCAGUCUAGUUUUCAUCAAUUGGAUUAGCCACUUUAGCCACAAAUAGCUUAAAUGUCAAAUCUGGGGGACAUUUUCUUUGACUAAGAAAAUUGUUUUUCCAAGACGCUGGCUUUCGAUUACGUUCUGUGGUUUAUAAAAUUGAACAUCAUCAACAAAAGAAAGCAGAGCAAGGAGGCCCUGACUAAAAACAGUUCAGCAGGAGUCUCAAAAGAUCUCUCCACCUGCACACUGCAGUGAGCCCUGGCAAUGCGCCGAAACCAAAAAUCAUGUUUAAUGCAAGCACUGUUGACUAAUUCAGCCAUGUCGAGUCUUGUUGGUUUUAUUUGGAUAUCUCUGUGGUUAAUUAGUAAGUUCUCCCUCUCCUCCCCGCCCCCUCUCUUGUAUAUUUCUCAUUAUCCAAUAAAUUUUUAUGCCUAGAGAUAUGGCUGCUUUGACUUAAUAAGUUGAUUGCUUGUUAAAAUCUUCUCCAUGUGCAAGCAGUUACGGAACUACUACUUGUAUUUCAUGAAUAACACAUUUAGUAAUGGUUGUAAUUUGGGGUUUUAGAGGGGACGGUCCAAAAAAUUUUCUGUUUUAGUUUUCUUAAAGCUGAUCCAAAUGGAGAAGUCCUUGGUAAACGGGCUAAGGGGGCUGGCUGAUUUUAAAUUGGUGGUAUGGCCUCUCAUACAGAGGUUUAUUUUAUUUUUAUGAAAUGCUGCUUCUUUUAACUGGUGAUGUCACCAGAGUACUUUCAGAGUUGGGUGGUCUUGAAAUAUAACCAACACAUAAACCGAGUGGACUAAAAUUUCAGUGAAUGAAUCAGAAUUCCGCAGAUGGAUUAGAAUGUAUCAAGACACUCAGGAUCAGAGGUACAGCCUAUGAGUGUGUUUUACUGGGAAUCCUUGUCAAAAAAUGCCUGCUAGUGAGAUUCUAAAUUAUUUCUCAGCCCCGUUUGUAACAUGUCAGUAAUACUAAAUGAAGGAUGAAAAUUUUGAUUCUCCACAUUUUGUUGAAUUGCAGCUUCCAUUGCCCCACCAGCAUGGCCAAUCAUCAAUCUGAUUGUUCAGAGUUUGCCAAGUUUGAAAAUCCACCAAACAACAUAAGCAAAGAGAAGUGGGGAGGCAGGAGGGGCAGGAAAUCUGCAGUGCUGACACGAGUUGAGGUAGGGAGAAUGUGCUUACGGCAGAGAAAUGCUUUCCACAUUAAGAAACUUCUCCCAAAUGGCUGGAUGAAUUCACUGCUGGAGUGUUUCUAAAAAUGCCACCACCAGAUGCAUGCAGUGGCUGUCGCCUGCCAAGUGGCGCAGCCGCAUAUGCCAGCUGGGAGAGGAAUGGGCACGGCUGACUGGAAUCCAUCCAGGUUGAGAAUAGCCAAGCUCCAGAUGCAAACCUGCUCUUAAGUAAACAUAGCUCCUCUCUAGAGCAGAGCCAGAUGGACCAUCUUCUUUCUUGCCUUGAUUAUUUUUACUAAUUACCAUUUGCCAAGACCAUCUAGAGAGAGACAUCUCCAGAUUUGCUGAGCUCCCGUUACUUGUCCCAGCUUCUGCCAACCUAGCAGUUUCGAAAGCACGUAAAAUGCAAACAGAAAAAAUAGGGAUCACCUUUGGUGGGAAGGUAACAGUGUUCCGUGUGCCUUUGGCGUUGAGUCAUGCCGGCCACAUGACCACGGAGACGUCUUCAGACAGUGCUGGCUCUUCGGCUUUGAAACGGAGAUGAGCACCACCCCCUAGAGUCGGCAAUGACUAGCACGUAUAUGCGAGGGGAACUUUUACCUUUACCUUUAUGCAUAUUUUACAAGCAACAUGGAUUUUAUUUUAUUUUAUUUUUUUGGCUAUUUAGAUUUAAACACAAUAGUACAUACACAUUUUGGAGUUUGCUUAUGGUGAUUUCUUUUACAUUUGGAUCCCAUUCUCAUUCAUGGAAAAAGGAAGAUCUACUGUUUUCAUUCUGUUUUCCAGUGAAUUUUAGCCAGAUCAAUAAGCUUUGGUAAUAGACAAUUCUAAACAUACAAAAAUCUGCCUGUGCUAGCAGAAUAUAUAAUAUAAUUUUUAUUAGGAAGAGAAUUGCAGACUUGCCAGCAAAUUUAUCAGGAAUUACUAAACAUCAACCAAUGUGCUCAUUAUGUUCUUAUUCAGAACUUACUUCUACUGGAGUCCGAGGAAUUUCUCCAUAAAUAAAUUAUUCAGGAGUAGUAUUGUUUACCUUAGUGAACCAUGAAACAUAGUUUGUAGUAGACAUGCAUGGGACUGAGCUACUACUUUGAUUUUUCCCUUCCCUCUGUCCCUUUCUUCUUUUAAUAUAAUUCACCUUUAGUCUCUAAAAAAAGAUGGGCUUGAUAUGUGAAUAAAUACAAAUAGUUUCUCAAUGAUUAUGUUGGGAAAACUUGUUUUAAAGCAAAAUGCUACUGUAUUAGAGGGUUUGAUCAAAUUGAUCAAUCCAUUUCAAGUUAAGUAUCUUUACUUUGGAGUUGCAGCAAUGUCAAUCUAGGAAAUAGAGGUUCAAAUCCUGCGUUGGCCUACAAGCUCAUUGGCUGAUUGUCUCCAGUCUUUCUGUCUCAGCUUCAUCUACUGAGACUCUUAUUAGAGAACAUGGGGGACUUUGUGAUGUCUCGAAUGUCUUAGUUCAAGAUAUGAUGGUCUUUAACUCCCAUCAUUUUCACAGUCAAACUGGAAAGUACCAGCUUGAGCACAGCUGCCAUCAAGGAAGGUGCAAUCUCAAUGCAAUUAAUAAAUAGAGUGGAUCUCAUUGAUGUGCAUGGAGAAAUAUGCCUUGCCACAUUCUUUGUUGCUGAACUCAUUAAGACUUUUAAAAAGUGCUUAUCUUUCACUGGAUUGUAAUGUAGGCACUUGGAUCCAUUUAACAGAUUAACACAGAGACACUUUAUUCCUGCCUCUUGUUCAACUGCUAAAGACUGAACAGAUUCAUGCACCUCUUGCCAUUUCUUUGCCAUAUUGGCAGGCUUAACCAAGUCUUUUCUAAUGCUUGUUGAGAUAAAAGUUAGAUAAGAGUUGCUAUUUGAGUUAAGGAGAUAACUAAGCCUCAGUACAUAGACUUUAUGUGUGGCAGUGGGUUGCUGCCAUGCCAUUGGGCUAAGAAUCAAUUCACAGGGAUCAACCAAAGGUCAGCAAUCUCCCUUCUAGUCCUCUACCCAAAUUAUUGUCAUUUGAAAACUUGUCAACUUAUCAGGCCCCGGUCUUUUAAGUGAUUUUAUAGCCAGGUAUUGGGUUUUACCUGACAGUCCACUUUUAUACAUGUGUGAAUCUGCCUUGAACUCGGGUCUACAUUGAAAAUCUCAACCUCUCUCUCUGUGGUGGGCUAUCAUGGUUGGUGCUGGAAGCAUUGAUGACUGUCAAUAAAAAUCACACUUUGCAGAUGGACUUGGAUGCUGUUCUUUACAUCCUUAGAACAAAACCAAUACAAUUUCAGUUCAUUUCUGCAUAUCAAUUUUAUUUAUUGAUAGCAAAAAUCUAUAGAAACUAAUAAUAGUGGUUUUUAGUUAAAAGGAUGUAACAAGUGGUUCCAAUAUUUCAGGUGUCUCAGAUGUUGAAAAUACUGCUUAUUCAAACAAUGUUGUUAACAAACAUUAUAACUGUAACUAUUGCCAUUGGGAUAUAUCUGGUAGAUCUUAUUUGUCUCUGACUUAACAGUUUCACUAGUACAGGAUGUAUUGAUCUUGGUUUGCAAUGAGACUAAUAUUUGAGUACCUACAUUUUAUCCUAGUCCUGUAUCUAUUACCAUCUUUCUCUCAGUAAUUAUUUCACGAAGUCUUUGUCAACUUAUUGUCAUCCAGUUGAUCUGAACUCCAAAACAUUUGACCCCAAUUUUGGGAGAGCCAUUUGCUUACAUAUGUAUUUCACGAUAGUCUUCAGGUCUAGGUAUCGGCCUCAGUUCUUUCUCGAGUCACAAGUUCUUCUCAACUAGUCUGUCAUUUGCUCAAACAAUAAUAACUCUGGUGAUCCCAGGCUUGUUAUUUACAUUUUAACUUCUUCAGUUGUAUUUUUGCUCUGAAUACCUUUAUGGGAUGAAGGAGUUGGUGUGACAGGAGGGAUAUAGUCAAUUAUUUCCCUUAAUUUAGGAGUAGCAAGUUAAUGAGGUAUGCUACGAGAACAGCAAUGAAAAUACAGUGCUGAAUUUGGUUAUUAUUGACAGCCAGUUCCUUAUUUAUGGAAAUCUCAGACCCUAAACUAUGGGCCUAAAAGUUUGUGUUAGGUUGUAUCCAGCGGUGGGUUUCAAAAAAUUUUACUACCAGUUCUGUGGGCAUGGCUUAGUGGGUGUGGCUUGGUGGGCACAGCAGGGCAAGGAUACUGUAAAAUCUCCAUUCCCUCCCCAAUCCAGGGAAAGGAUACUGCAAAAUCUCCAUUUCCUCCCAAUCAGCUGGGACCUGGGAGGCAGAAAAUAGAUGGGGGCGGGGCCAGUCAGAAUUUUUACUACCGGUUCUUCAAACUACUCAAAAUUUCCGCUACCGGUUCUCCAAAACUGGUCAGAACCUGCUGAAAUCCACCCCUGGUUCUCUCUCUCUCUCUCUCACACACACACACGGGGGGGGGAGAGUACAAUGUCAAAACAGUGCAGGUGAGAUGUUUUCAGCCACUCAGUCUGUCCUUUUUAAAUUAUAUAUAUAUUUAGCUGCUGACUGUGAGGUUGAUCAAGCAGGAUUGCUGUCAGCUUUUCUAAUGGCCAACUAAAGGCCCAUUCUCAUCUCCGUUAUCUCCACCUUUACGACCCUGCCAGAUCCAAAUUGCUGCCUCCACCUUGUGAUUUGCUCCAUGUUUGUUGUCACUUUCUACAUUAAAGGCAAAUGCCAUUCAGAGCUUUUCAGGGCGAUAAUGCUCCUCCUUGGUGUAUUCCCUGCGAUAAGAACCCAGAGGGAAAGCAGGGAGACAGGUCCUGAAAGAAUCAGGACACACCAGCCUCCUCCCAUCGAUCCACGGGGAUAAAUCUCUUAAAUAAGAUGAAAGCAGGCUGACUUCCUCUUUUCAAACACAUCACAAAUAGGGAACACUUUUUCAGGGAUUUUAUCUGUUCUUGUCUUCAAUCUUUGCCACUCGGCAUACUAAUCCAGACUGAGGAAAUCAUGUAAGUGACAUGGACACGUGUAGCAAUUGGGAUUAGUUUAUAGUGAUGAUAAAAGGGCUUCAGCCACAAGGGAGACAUAAAUGGCAGUAGGUAAAACGACGUUUCCUGUAAUUUCCUCACUUAUCCAGAAAUUCCCAGGCCAGCCAUGUUUUUAAUUCCAUGAAAGACAAGGAGAUCCAGUCCUAGUCUGGACAUGACACUAAGCCAACAUUAAGUUUAACCAUGGUUUACUGAGGAAAUCCCAAUUAACAUGAUUCAUAUAAUCUUCUAAGCAAUAUACUUUACAAGUAUAAUAACCAAGUUCACAUAUAUCACAAAACAAAGUAUAUUUUGGCUUAGUGUGAUCCAAAAAAAACCAACCUUGGGUGCCUUUGCUGAUCAACUGUGUUUGUUUACAAGAUGGAGAUUGUGCAGAUGACCACAAACCGUUACACAGAGAGGACAUCAGUCCAACAUCUUUAGAAUAGGAGCAUUACGUACCAAUAAUUUAUUGUUUUCAAUAUCCUCACCACAGCUGGGUAGUUAGAAUCCUUGAUCUGAAGUCCUUGAGAUGCAUCCUUAAGACUUCCUCCUGCUCCUCAUGCACUGCGUGACUCUUAGCGUUUCUGACCCAUGGCCUCUGCUUCCUGGAACCACCACGUCUUUUUUUUGUCCUAUGCUCCAUGAUGUUGCCUUCAUCCCCCCCACC